AACAGCAGGAAUGAAGGAGCAAUCGCCUGCUGCAAUGGCGUCAACGAAGGACUCUUUAGCUGUGGCAAUUGACGAAUUGAAGAACAAGGAAAAUGACGUUGAAUCCUUGAAAAUUGAGCUCGAAAAGACCAAAGAAUUGGAGGCGAAAUUGUCGGAGCAAGAAGCUUCGUUUCAUAAGCUGAAAGAUGAAUUGAACAAGAUGAAAUCCUUCAAGUCCGACACAGUUGAUCUGUUGUACGAUGCAUUCAUGGCUCAAUCGAAAGAGUUCGAGCAAGCCAAGAUUCAACUCGAAGAAUCCAAGAAUCAAAUCAAGCCUCUACUGGAAAUCCUGCAGAAUUGGGGCAGUCCGUCAUCAUCGAUGGCGGAUGACCCAUUGACAAGACUCGAAUCCGAGCUUCGAAUCACCAAGGAGAAACUAUCUCGUGCCGAAGAGAAUGAGCAAUCUUCUUCGUUGAAAGCCAAGAAUCUAUCUGAGGAAGUCAGACAUCUAAAAGAUGAACUGCAAUCCAUUACCGAUGCCGAAGAAAACAACAAGAAAGCCAUGGAUGAUUUAGCCUUGGCAUUGAAAGAAGUGAUAACAGAAGCAAACGAAGCCAAGAACAAACUCUCCUCGACACAAAUCGAGCUCCAAAAAACGAAAGGAUACUUUGAAAAUCUCAAGGCGAAGCUGAGAAUGCUGGAAGGAAAGUACAAUGAAGCAAAGAAAGAAGCGGAUCGAUAUAAAAACACAUCAGAAAGAUUGAGAAUCGAAGUCGAAGAAUCCGUUCUGGCAUGGAACACAAGAGAGAUCGGAUUCGUCGAAUGCAUUCGAAAAGCCGAAGAUGAACGAAACGCAGCGAAAGAAGAAUGCCAAUCACUGCUCGAAUCGCUUCAAGAGGCUGAAAACAUGAACAAGAAGGCCAAGGAAGAGAAUCAGAAGCUUCGGGACAUCAUGAAACAGGCAAUAAACGAAGCUAACGUAGCCAAAGAAGCUGCUAACAUAGCUCGAGCGGAGAAUUCGCAGCUCAAGGACGCCAUUGCCAAAAAGGACGAAGCUUUGGAUUUCCUUUCACAAGAGAAUGAGACCCUUAAGAUUAAUGAAGCGGCUGCUUGUGAAACUAUUAAGGAGUUGAAGAAUAUGUUUUGCGAAUUAGGCAACGGCGACAAUAAGCAGAUAUCACACACUUAA